CGGCGGCCGCGUGGUAUUUCUGCUGUCCGGCCGCUUGAAGCUUCAGGACGAACGCGGGGCAUGCUGCCCGCUCUAGGACCGGGCUCGGCCGUUUUCAUAUAACUCUGUACAUAUUGCAUGCCGAUUGCGGAAUAUACUCCCAGUUGAUGACGCCCAGCAUGGUGACGGCGAGUUUUGUGGACGCACCCUCGCAGAUGCAAAAGCAGCGACGCGCCGCCAACCCAACCCCAUGCAUGUGCGGCCAGGCCAGCCAACGGGACCCCCCCAACUGCCUGGCCGAGAAGCCCGACCCGACAGGCCGGGCCAACGACGCCUUUCCGCUCGCUUGGGUGGUCUGCAUGCUCCCGCUGCAAGCCACAGCGGUCGCCCGCCGCCGCUGACAAGGGGGUGCGGGCCAAUCCAAGCAAACCUGAAUGAAGGACAGUCAGGCUUGCGAAAGCGCCAAUGAUGUCAUCGGGUGAUAACCACCUAGGUAGUAAGUGCAGAACGCCGCACUCGUGCUGGGAGAGACAGAGCACAAGAGAGUGUGACUGGAAUUGAGCGUUGAAUGGAACAUGUCAUGUGAAUCAAUC